AUGCCAGUAGCACGAGAAAGUUCAAGAAAUUCUCUAUCACAGAUGUUUCUGCGAGAAGAGAGCGAGGAACUACCGAUGAUAGCUACAUCAUCAAGGAUGCAAAAUCUAAUUAGGAUCGGUAAGAAAUAUGCGCGAUUUAUUGGGCCUGGCCUCAUGGUAUCAGUCUCAUAUAUGGAUCCCGGUAAUUAUAGUACAGCGGUAGCAGCCGGUUCUGCUCACAAGUACAAGCUACUGUUUUCGAUGUUUGUUUCUAACCUCAUGGCGGGAUUUCUACAAUGUUUAUGCGCGAGAUUAGGCGCAGUUACGGGACUUGAUUUGGCUCAAAAUUGUAAGAAGCAUUUACCAUAUGGACUUAACAUAACACUUUAUAUUUUAGCUGAGAUAGCAAUCAUUGCGACAGAUUUAGCAGAAGUUGUGGGAACUGCGAUCUCACUGAAUAUUCUAUUGGGGAUUCCACUACCCAUCGGAGUUGUUUUGACCGUUAUUGAUGUUCUUAUCGUGUUAAUGGCGUACAAGCCCAAUGGGGAUCUAAAACUUAUAAGAUACUUUGAACUCUUUGUCUCCUUUUUGGUUAUUUGUACUGUUAUCUGUUUUGCAAUUGAGCUUUUUUAUGUCAAAUUGGGUCCAGCUUCGGAUAUUUUCAAGGGAUUUUUACCAAGUAAAGCUGUCAUUGAGGGUGAUGGGUUGUAUUUAAGUUUAGCCAUUUUAGGUGCUACUGCAAUGCCUCAUUCCUUGUAUCUGGGUUCAGGGGUGGUUCAGCCAAGAUUGAGAGACUAUGAUAUCAAGCACGGUUAUUACUCACCAGAUGAGCUCGAUAUUGAUAAUAACCAUCAGGAUUAUAAGCCUUCUCUUGAGUCAGUACAAGAGACACUACAUUACACAGUUGCAGAAUUACUAGUUUCCUUAUUUACUAUAGCUCUUUUUGUGAACUGCGCAAUCCUUAUUGUUAGUGGUGCCACUUUAUUUGAGACUCCCCAGGAUGCUGAUAUUGCUGAUUUAUUUUCUAUCUAUGAGUUGUUGUCUAAUACUUUAUCCAAGAGUGCAGGUACUAUAUUUGCGUUGGCUCUGCUAUUUUCGGGACAAAGCGCGGGUAUUGUUUGUACUUUAAGUGGUCAAAUUGUGAGUGAGGGUUUUUUAAAUUGGACCAUAGCACCUGCCUUGAGAAGGUCGUUGACAAGAGCUGUAGCUAUAACACCUUGUUUAAUAUUGGUCAUGGUAUCUGGGCGUAGUGGGCUUUCGAAUUCUUUAUAUGCUUCGCAAGUUGUGUUAUCGGUUUUACUACCUUUUGUAUCAGCACCGCUACUAUAUUUUACUAGUAAUAAGAACAUCAUGAGGAUAGAAAUGAUUGAUAGAAAACUUCCUGCAACUUCAAUUUUUUCUACACCAGGCAAUGUCGAGCAAAACAAGAAGAAAUACGGGAAAGUACGUCUUGAUGAAGAUGAGGAAGAGGUCAUUCCCUUACAGGAUAUGGAAACUGAAACUGAAACAGAUCAAAGUCAACAUCAAGAUCAAAAUAUCGAAUAUAAGGAUAUGAGCAAUAGCACGUUUGUGAAUAUCCUAGCAGUUACUGUUUGGCUCCUCAUUUCUGGCUUAAACUUGUACAUGCUAAAGAACUUAGAUAAGUGA